GUCAAUAAUAAGUGGGAUAGUGGUGUCACAGGAUCCAAACAAGGCAUAAAUAUAUAUUUAUCUCCUUCUUCUUCUUCGAUCGGCUUUUACACUUCUUCCCUCGUCUCUCUAUUGACUCUGUUCAUCGGAGUUUUUAUAUUCGCCAUGGACAAGGCACAGUUGAUCUUGUUGGGUCUACCGAUAUUCUUAUUUUGUUCGGAUCUAUUCAACCUUUUCACUCCUCCGCCACCGAAACCUCAGCAUCACCGUCCCCACCAACCACCGCAUAUUCCUCAACAGCAGCGUCCGUCUGCGUUCAUCCCUGAAACCCUAGAUUUUCCUUUACAGAAAUCAAACAGCUUAGGAGGAGCAGUUGGAUAUGGAAACACCGUAGAGAUCAACUUCUGCGUCUCCUGUUCUUUCAAGGGAACUGCAGUGACCAUGAAGAAGAUGUUAGAGACGGCUUUUCCCGGUUUAGAUGUGGUUCUCGCAAACUACCCGGCGCCAGCACCAAAGCGCCUUCUAGCCAAGGUUGUGCCGGUUGCUCAGAUGGGAGUGAUCGGUAUGAUAGUUGCAGGUGAUCGUGUCUUUCCCAUGAUUGGAAUCACGCAGCCACCUGCUUGGUUCCACUCCUUGAGGGCCAAUAGAUUUGGAUCCAUGGCUUCCACUUGGCUUGUCGGAAACUUUCUGCAGUCUUACCUUCAAAGCUCAGGCGCGUUUGAAGUUCUCUGCAACGGGGAACUGGUGUUCUCUAAAUUGAAAGAAGGUAGAUUCCCGGGAGAGAUCGAGCUGCGAGAUCUCAUCAGUAAAACUUUAACAGGGCCUAGCAUCGUCGCAGGUAGCUAC